UCACAUCGGUAAGAUAAAAGCAACACAUAAGGAGACAGAUUUGGUUUAUUUACAUUUUUAUCAAGUUUUUAUGAGGAAGCAGGAUGAAGAUUUAUUUGGUUUUGCUUCUUCCUAUUCUGACAUGGGGUGCCUCAAAGGAAGAGAGAAACCCCAUGGAGAAUGAAGGUCUCUUUGAGGGAGAUAUUAUGGGCAUAGAUCCUGAUUCAGAUAGGAAUGCUGUCCCGAGAGAUUCUCAGCGAUGGCCAGCUGGAGUAGUGCCCUACGAGUUGCAUCGUUCUGUUUUUGACAUAAAAGAUAAAAUAGCGGAAGCCAUGCAGCACAUUCAAGAAAGGUCCUGUAUACGGUUUGUACGCAGAACGAACGAGAAGGAUUACAUCAAGAUAUACAGCGGCAAUGGGUGUUGGUCUUUCUGGGGUCGAAUGGAGAUUGGAGAGCAGGAGUUAUCCUUGGGCUACGGUUGUGAAUAUCUUGCAACAAUAGUUCACGAGCUCAUGCAUGCCAUAGGAUUUGAGCAUGAACAUAAUCGUUCGGAUAGAGAUGAUUACCUUUAUAUCAAUUGGUAUAACAUUCCUAAAGAUAAACAUCAUAAUUUCAAGAAAUUAGAACCACUUGAAAACAGGCUGUUAUCAGAUUUUGAUUUUGACUCCAUAAUGCUCUAUGGCUCUUCGGCUUUUAGCAGCAAGAAGUACUUGAAAAGCAUGGAGGCUAAAGAUGGAAGGGCUUUGAAAGAAGUCCAUGAUAAACCCGGCCUUUCCGAAUCUGAUAUUCAGAGAAUAAAGUUAUUGUAUAACUGUUGAUAAAUA